CAGCUACUGAUACCUAUGGUCAGUCUCCGUGCCUGAUUUCUUGGGGUUCGGCAGAAGUCGUCAGUUUGGAUGCUGCUUCAUGCACUUACACAUUCUGGGUCAUGAAACUUAAUCCCCAGCAAGCUCCGUUGUAUGGCGACUCCUUGAUCUCUGUAUUGCUGACCAAAGACGACAACGUGGAAGGCGAUGAUGUAGUUUUUUAUCUUGUGUUUACUGGGUCUGCCGUCCAACACUGCACAAGCACUAGGAAGGUCACUUCAGGGACAUUAGAGACAAUUGCUCCUGGUCAUGACUGCUGCGAGACCGUGAAAGUCUCUCUCUGUGCUGCCAAGCAAGGCUUCCCUGUUCUGGUGGUGGCCGAAGGCAGCUUCCAGUUUGUUCAGGAUGAAGCUUACGAUGCUGCUCAAUUCUUAGCAACUUGUGCGGGCAACCAGCAAGCUCUGAACUUCACAAGGUUCCUGGACCGGUCCAGGCCACCUUCUGGAGAUGUGGAAUUCCUCGACGAGAAAGUGGCCUUGGCUUUCCGUCACCUGAAGUUGCCAACAGGAUGGAAUGUAUUGGGGGCAGAUCACAAUCUAAAUGGACGUUCCCCGGGAGACGUUGAUGCAUUUUGCAGUGAGGCUGGGUCUUCUGCGUUUGACGUGGUUCCUCUUACAGCAGCCUGGGGGGAGAGGAGCGGUCUGUGUCCCCAACAGUGAAGGAGCCACACCUGUCAGCCUGGCCUUGGAGAGGGGAUAUUACAAGCUACAUCAGCUGCUGACACAAGAAGGAGCCAGUGAACCGGAUUCCUGGAGCACCUUGUCUCACCCAGUGCAUUCUGGAGAGUACUCUGUGAAACACCACCAGGGCCUGAACGUUUACACCCUGACGGCUGAAGUGAAACGAGGAACUGGUCCUGGCAUGGAGAAUCACAUAAGCU